AAACGCAAUAUCGGUAUUAAGCAACAAACGCGUAUCUUGUUGCGCUGAAUAUAUGAGCCUGAAGUUAUCGUGGAGGUCACGACUUGCCGCAGUGGCAUAGCGAGCGAGAGCCCCAAGCACAAAACCUUUGAAAAUGCUUCAAGUACAUCAAUACACGGGCCAUCAGUCAAGACGAACCCAAUUGUCUUCUGGGGUGCAAUCCGUCACCAUGGCCUUCCGCAAUUGCGGGGCUGCACGUUACCCUGUCAGCAGGCAGCUGGCUCCAAGCAGGCCUACACUGACGCUGACAUCGGCACCACAAUCCAUCACAAGCGCUGCUGCCACCACUGCCACCACUGCCGCCACUGCCGCCACUGUACGGAAAACCGGAUCUAGGAGGACCCCAAAGCCCUUGGCAGCAACCAGAGGAAAAACUGGUUCUAAAAGCAGCGGCGACAGCAAUCCCGAGGCUAAGAAGGUCGGGCCGAAGGGAGGGAAGGCGCCUAAGAAGGGUCGGAAGCCAGCGGAGGUGUCGGAACCCGCAGCGGCGAGUGUCACCUCUGAGGGCACAAAGGAUACAAAGGGCACUGCUAGCAGCAGCAGCAGCACCAGCAAUAGCAGCGGCACUUCCAGCAGCAGCAGCAGCAGCAGCAGCAGCGCUGGGCGCCGCCGUGUGUCCCGCAGCGACACGCAAGCCGUCGAGGCUCGGAAGGUGGAGGUUGUGCGGGUCAUCGAGGACGGGCUGCACCUCCCCCCCGGCUCCCUCAAGAUGUGCCCCUCCUACCUGCGCGCCCUCUCCGGCCACCGCCCCGAAACCAUCGCCGCGCGCAUCGCCGUACUGCAGCACGGCUACCCGGACCCCGCCCAUCUGGAGCUGCUGGUGCGGGCGGCGCUGGCGCGGCCCGACUGCAUCCUCACAUCGGACGUGGGCGCCUUUGUGCGGCGCCUGGCGGGCAUCGAGCGGCUGUACAAGCUGGGUCCCAAGAAGGGGCAGGAGGAGAAGGAGGGCGAGGGAGCCGCACCCUCCCCCACCACCCGGGCCCUGCAGCUGGCGGCCCGCGAGCCCCGCCUGCUGGCUUUUGAGACUGGCAGUUUGGAGCGCAACCUGGGGGAGCUGGGGCGGCUGAUGGACAAGGGCCCGGAGUUCGCACUCGCCAUGGCCGAGGCGCGGCCACAGCUGCUGGUGGCAUACAACUGCGCCACCCUGCGGCACAAGUACAGGGUGCUGGGAGAUGCCGCGGAAAGCAAUAACGAUUGGGCUUACGACAUAGAGGUGGCGCAUCUGGUCCCCGACCGCAUCGCCGCCCUGCUGUGCACGGGAGUCCCCGCACUGGCCCGCCUCACGUACCUGGCGGAAAUAGGUGAGACCAAUCGCCCGCUGAUGAAGGUGCUGCGAACCAGCCGCGAGCUAUUCACGAUGCAGUACCCGGGGUUCGAUGCCUGGUUGGUGAGGAGGGGAGAUGUGAAGGUGAAGGGGCGGGGAAGGGGGCUGUGAGGGUGAGGAGGAGGGUGAGGUGCAGCAAGCUCAGUUGUUCUGGUAGGGUAGGGCACACUGUCAAGUAGCGGAAAGUGGUCAGGGAUGAUGGAACGAAGGGGGAGAUGCGGUUAAAUGCGGGGGAAACGAGGCGUGAAACGAUGAUUUAAGGUCGACCCCUGUGCACCAGAGUUCCUGAACGGGUUGGUGGUGGACAGCUUGCUGGCUUUACUGCGGCAGGUACGGUAAUCCUGCAUCCUAGGCGGCGUGUGUGCGUCAUUCGUCGCUUUAGGGGUCGCGCUGCAUCAUGAAGGGGGAGAUGGCGAUCAUUCCGAGCGCUAGCGUGCUAGUAGUGCAUGAUGGUGGGGAAGGAGCGGUGCACCCGCAGGUUGGCGGGUCGCGCCUGUUGACCCCCCUCCUUCCUUGACGUCACCGCUUACCUUACCUGGUGCGUUGGACCGUUGGGCGCAAGCUCGUAUAUGUGAUAUGGAUAUGACAGUGUUCGCUCUACCCUUAUUUCCGUACGGGUUCAUGUUUGAUCCCUGGGCCGGGCCCUUUUGGUAGAAGGAUUUCCCUGUAGUAGUUGUACUCGGUGAUCCUGAUCCGUCUCCUACGCCAAGACCGUUGUGUUGAUUACGGUUGGUUCUAAAUGGCGCAUUCGUACUGCGACAAAGUACGCAUGCACGGAAGCAUUACGUACCAGUGUAUGGACGGCUUAUUAUGUACCACAAUUGUUAUAUAUAUGUGUAGAUGACAGGUUGCCAUGGUGGGGCGGAAGAGAGCCAAACGGUGGAACGCAAGGUGUAUGAGCUGGAAAGGUGAUGUAGGCAACCUAAUAUAAAGUUGUUGGCAAGCAUGUGACGUGUGCAAGCGAGGAGGCUGCAGCACCGUCCAGGCUUCCCAACACACUGCAAUUCUAGUGCUAGGUGCCUGCCGGCCUUGUAAUUGCCCGGAAAC